AUUGAGAUUUGAGAGUGAGCAUCCCAUGUGGAGGUGGUGGUGCUGCAACAGCUGCUGCUCAUCUCUAGGCAUUCCUUCCUUUGUUUUUUCGUUUCUUUUAUCACAUUCAUUUCCUUUUCUUGUGUGUUUGUCUGUGAUAGAAGACUAUGAAGUGUGUGUUUUUGAGUUUUGAGUUGAAAGCAAGCAAAGAGAGAACAGAGAGAAGGGAGAGAGAGGAAGCAGAACCCAAUGAUGCAAACCCGAGAAGAAAGGUUUGGAAAUUGAGGCAAAUGUCGAUGCCCAGCUCGAGGCAACCCUACAACUUCUCAUCAUUCUUGGUCACUCCGCCACCUCUCUUCCUUUCCUUCUUCUUCCUUGGUCUUCUCACAGCCCCCGUCUUCGCCGUUGACAACCAUGAGGCCUUUCUUCUCUUCUCGUGGCUGCAUAGCACCCCUUCACCAGCCACCUCAUCUUUACCAGACUGGAACAUAAAUGACGCCACCCCUUGUAACUGGACUUCCAUAGUUUGCUCUCCCCGAGGUUUUGUAACCGAAAUCAAUAUACAGUCUGUCCAUCUCGAGCUCCCUAUACCAUCAAAUCUCUCUUCCUUCCAAUUUCUUCAGAAGCUCGUCAUUUCAGAUGCCAAUAUUACUGGAACCAUCCCUCCUGAGAUCGUUGGCUGCACGGCACUUAGAAUCAUCGACCUUAGUUCCAACAGUCUUGUUGGUACCAUCCCAGCAAGCCUAGGUAAGCUUCAGAAGCUUGAGGACUUGGUUUUGAAUUCCAAUCAGCUCACUGGGAAAAUCCCAGUUGAGCUUAGCAACUGCCUUAAUCUUAGGAAUCUCCUCCUCUUUGAUAAUCGUCUUGGAGGAAAUAUUCCACCAGAUUUAGGGAAGUUGUCUAAUCUGGAAGUUAUACGUGCCGGAGGGAACAAAGAAAUUACUGGGAAAAUCCCUGCAGAGCUCGGAGAAUGCAGCAACCUGACUGUGCUGGGGCUGGCUGAUACCCAAGUUUCAGGAUCCUUACCCGCCUCAUUGGGUAAGCUUAGCAGACUUCAGACAUUGUCCAUAUAUACUACUAUGCUGUCUGGUGAAAUUCCUCCUGAUAUAGGUAACUGUUCUGAGCUUGUAAAUUUAUACCUUUAUGAAAACAGUCUCUCUGGUUCAGUUCCGCCAGAGCUUGGUAAGCUUCAGAAGCUUCAAACCCUCUUGCUAUGGCAGAAUACUCUCGUUGGUGUCAUCCCAGAAGAGAUUGGGAAUUGUAGUAGCUUGCAAAUGAUUGAUCUCUCUUUGAAUUCUUUAUCUGGAACCAUACCACCAUCUCUUGGGGACCUUUCAGAGCUUCAAGAGUUCAUGAUUAGCAAUAACAAUGUCUCUGGUUCAAUACCUUCAGUUCUCUCAAAUGCAAGGAAUCUUAUGCAGUUACAACUCGACACAAAUCAGAUAUCAGGUUUGAUCCCACCAGAGCUUGGGAAGUUGUCAAAGCUUGGGGUUUUCUUUGCUUGGGACAACCAGCUGGAAGGAAGCAUUCCUUCUACUUUGGCUAAUUGUAGAAACCUCCAAGUACUGGACUUGUCUCACAAUUCGCUUACUGGUACCAUUCCUUCUGGCUUGUUUCAGCUUCAAAACCUCACAAAACUGCUCUUGAUUUCCAAUGAUAUUUCGGGUACCAUACCUCCAGAAAUUGGUAAUUGCAGUUCUCUUGUGCGGAUGCGGCUUGGAAACAACCGGAUUACCGGUGGGAUCCCAAGACAAAUUGGUGGACUCAAGAACUUAAAUUUUCUUGAUCUGUCUAGAAAUCGCCUUUCAGGGUCAGUGCCAGAUGAGAUUGAAAGUUGCACAGAAUUGCAGAUGGUAGACCUCAGCAACAAUAUUCUAGAAGGGCCCCUGCCUAAUUCACUGUCCUCUCUAUCUGGUCUCCAAGUCUUGGAUGUUUCAGUGAACCGAUUAACGGGCCAGAUUCCAGCAAGUUUUGGUCGUCUAGUUUCAUUAAACAAGCUCAUUCUAAGCAGAAAUUCUUUAUCUGGAUCAAUACCUCCUUCACUGGGCCUCUGUUCAAGUCUCCAAUUGCUUGAUCUCAGCAGCAAUGAGCUCUUUGGCAGCAUACCCAUGGAACUUUCUCAGAUUGAGGCCCUGGAGAUUGCUCUCAACCUCAGUUGCAAUGGGCUCACUGGGCCAAUCCCAACUCAAAUAUCUGCACUCAACAAGCUUUCCAUACUGGAUCUUUCGCACAACAAGCUUGAGGGGAAUUUGAUUCCGCUCGCCAAGCUUGACAAUCUUGUUUCUCUAAACAUCUCUUACAAUAAUUUCACUGGUUAUCUUCCAGACAACAAGCUCUUCCGACAGUUACCAGCCAUAGACCUAGCUGGAAACCAAGGGCUUUGCUCUUGGGGCAGGGACUCAUGCUUCUUGAAUGAUGUGACUGGUUUAACAAGAAAUAAAGAUAACGUAAGGCAGUCGCGGAAACUCAAACUAGCCAUUGCAUUGCUGAUAACAAUGACAGUGGCACUGGUCAUCAUGGGAACAAUUGCAGUGAUUCGGGCACGAACAACCAUCAGAGGAGAUGAUGAUUCAGAGUUGGGAGGAGAUUCAUGGCCAUGGCAAUUCACUCCAUUCCAGAAGUUAAAUUUCUCUGUGGAGCAAAUAUUGAGAUGCCUGGUGGAUUCCAAUGUGAUAGGAAAAGGUUGUUCCGGGGUUGUGUAUCGUGCUGACAUGGACAAUGGUGAAGUUAUUGCAGUAAAGAAGCUUUGGCCAACAGCAAUGGGAGCGGCCAAUGGUGACAAUGAUAAAUCUGGAGUUCGUGAUUCCUUCUCUGCAGAGGUUAAGACUCUUGGCUCAAUCCGUCAUAAGAACAUUGUUAGGUUCUUGGGCUGUUGUUGGAAUCGAAACACAAGAUUGCUCAUGUAUGAUUACAUGCCCAAUGGAAGCUUGGGUAGUCUCCUACAUGAGAAGGCAGGAAAUUCCCUCGAAUGGGGACUACGGUACCAGAUUUUGUUGGGGGCGGCACAAGGCCUUGCUUAUUUACACCAUGAUUGUGUUCCGCCCAUUGUCCACAGGGACAUCAAGGCCAACAACAUUCUCAUUGGUCUUGAAUUUGAGCCUUAUAUUGCUGAUUUUGGCCUUGCUAAGCUCGUCAAUGAUGCAGAUUUUGCUAGAUCCUCUAAUACGGUUGCUGGCUCCUAUGGAUAUAUUGCUCCUGAAUAUGGUUACAUGAUGAAGAUCACAGAGAAGAGCGAUGUUUACAGCUACGGAAUUGUUGUAUUGGAAGUUUUGACAGGGAAGCAACCAAUUGACCCAACAAUACCAGAUGGUCUCCACGUGGUGGACUGGGUGAGACAGAAGAAGGGAGGAGUUGAAGUCCUUGACCCAAGUUUACUAUGUCGACCUGAAUCUGAAGUGGAUGAAAUGAUGCAAGCAUUAGGCAUAGCCUUACUAUGUGUAAACUCAUCCCCUGAUGAAAGGCCUACUAUGAAAGACGUGGCAGCAAUGCUCAAGGAGAUCAAACAUGAGAGAGAGGACUAUGCAAAGGUUGAUGUGCUCCUCAAGGGAUUUCCAGCAACAGAUAUUCAAGACAAUAAGAGCUCCAGUGGAGCUCCUGCAACGUCAUCAUCAACGCCAACAACACAAAGCUUGUACCCAAAAAGCAAUAACACAAGCUUUUCUGCAUCCUCACUACUUUAUUCAUCUUCAUCUAAUGGCAAAAUGGGGUUCAAUUGAGCAA